AUGGUCAAAGAGACCAAGUUCUAUGAUAUUUUGGGGGUGGGACCUUCAGCCACAGAGGCUGAGCUAAAGACAGCUUACAAGAAGGGAGCACUCAAGCAUCAUCCAGACAAAAAUGCCCACAAUCCAGAUGCUGCAGAAAAGUUCAAGGACCUGUCUCGUGCCUAUGAAGCGCUCUCAGAUCCUCAAAAGCGUCAGUUGUACGAUCAAUAUGGCGAAGAAGGUUUAGAGCAAGGUGGAGGCGGAGGAGGCAUGGCAGCGGAGGACUUGUUCGCCCAGUUCUUUGGUGGAGGCGGUGGAGCGUUCGGUGGAAUGUUCGGUGGUGGUAUGCGCGAACAAGGACCCAAGAAAGCGAGGACUAUUCACCACGUCCACAAGGUCUCGCUGGAAGACAUCUACCGAGGAAAGAUCUCUAAGCUUGCUCUUCAGAAAUCUGUCAUCUGUCCAGCAUGCGAUGGCCGAGGUGGGAAAGAGGGUGCAGUAAAACAAUGCUCUGGCUGCAAUGGCGCUGGGAUGAAGACCAUGAUGCGCCAAAUGGGGCCCAUGAUUCAACGAUUCCAGACCGUGUGCCCAGAUUGCCAAGGAGAAGGCGAGAUCAUCCGGGAUAAAGAUCGAUGCAAGCGAUGCAGCGGCAAGAAGACGGUCGUUGAGCGAAAGGUUCUCCUUGUGCACGUCGACAAAGGCGUCAAGGGCGGCCACAAGAUCGAUUUUAGAGGAGAGGGAGACCAGAUGCCAGGAGUUCUUGCAGGAGACGUCCAAUUCGAAAUCGAACAGAAGCCGCAUUCUCGCUUCCAACGCAAAGACGACGAUUUGUUCUUUCAUGCCGAAAUCGAUAUCCUCACUGCUCUUGCUGGAGGAGCGAUCCAUAUCGAGCACUUGGAUGAUCGUUGGUUGACGGUGAAUAUCGAGCCUGGAGAGGUCAUCAGUCCAGGCGAGGUGAAGAUGAUACGAGGCCAAGGGAUGCCUUCAAUGAGACACCACGACUUCGGUAACCUAUACAUUCAAUUCGACGUCAAAUUUCCCCCUCUAGGCUUCAACACCCCCGAAAAAAUUGCCAUGCUUGAACAGAUCCUGCCUCCGCGUAAGCCACAAGCGACACCUCCUAGCGACGCCAUGAUUGAUGACUUCCCUCUCGAGGAGGUUGACCAGAGCGGACAACGAAGAGCCCAAGGAGCUACCAGCAUGGAAGAGGACGAAGAAGACGGCAUGCCUCAAGGCGCAGAAAGAAUGCAGUGCGCGUCCCAGUAA